AUGGAGAAAAUCACCAACCUGAAGCAAGCAGAAAUGCCACUCUGGAACUAUAUCGAGCAGGGUCAGAAGCUCCAGGCUGAGACUUUCCCGAGCCAACACGUCUCGCUUUGCCAGUACUGGCUUCUUGGAUUGAAAGACCAAAUCGCAGCGCACAUCGGAAUCAACGCAUGGAUGAAGCAUGCCGACGGCGAAUUGUCCUUCAACAGCAUCUCCCAUUACGUGAGAAACCCUGGCCUGAAGUACGAGACGUACGAGGACAGCUACUGCAAAAAGUGGUAA